AUGGACGGCCCCGACCAGAUCGGUCCUGACCAUGGGCCGCGACCCACCGUCGGCGACAAGUUUCGUCGUGUUGUGAAGACUUUUACUACGAGAGAAGGACUCAUCGGAAGCUAUGACUAUGCAUACCUCUUUACGCCGCGGCUCCCAUUCACAAAGCGCGAGCGCAAGGCCACACCUUUCUUCGGGUUGGAGGAUCGCAUGCCAAUUAUGCUGGCCUUGAUUUUGGGUCUUCAACAUGCUCUUUCUAUGUUGGCUGGUGUGAUUUCCCCACCUAUCAUCCUCGGCGGAUCUUCGGGCGUCAACUUUGGCGAUGACAUCUAUCAAUACCUUGUGUCGACCUCAUUGAUUGUCUCGGGUCUUCUCAGUGCAAUGCAAAUGGCUCGUUGCCACGUCUAUGGCACCAAGUACUAUAUCGGAACUGGUCUGCUAUCAGUGGUUGGAACAUCUUUUUCCACCAUCACCGUAGCCACCGGGGCCUUCUCCCAAAUGUACAAAUCAGGCUACUGCCCUCUCGACGCAGGCGGCAACCGACUACCCUGCCCGAAAGGAUACGGCGCCCUCCUCGGAACAUCCUGUCUCUGCGCACUCCUCGAAAUCGGCCUCUCCUUCAUGAGCAGCCGCAUCCUCUCCCGCGUCUUCCCACCCAUCGUCACCGGCCCAACAGUCCUCCUCAUCGGCGCCUCGCUCAUCAAAACUGGCAUGCAAGACUGGGGCGGUGGUUCCUCCUGCGUGCCCGCUUCCUCGACCGCAACCAGACCCAUGUGCCCGAGCGCUAAUGCCCCGCACGCAUUGCCCUGGGGAAGUCCCGAGUUCAUCGGGCUGGGAUUCCUCGUCUUCGUGACUAUCAUCCUAUGCGAACGAUUUGGCCCGCCUAUCUUGAAGAGCUGUGCUGUCGUGGUGGGUCUGCUGGUGGGAUCUAUCGUUGCGGCGGCAUGCAAUUACUUCGAAAGCUCGGGAAUCACUUCUGCGCCAGUUGCUUCGUUCGCAUGGGUGCAUACUUUCCCAUUGACCAUCUACCCACCCCUGAUCCUCCCCCUGCUGUCACUGUACCUCGUCAUCAUGAUGGAGUCUAUCGGCGAUAUCACCGCAACCUGCGACGUAUCCCGGCUAGCAGUCGAAGGGCCAACCUUCGACUCGCGCAUCCAGGGCGGCGUCCUCGGAAACGGUAUCACCUGUCUGGUAGCCGGACUAAUGACAAUCAGUCCCAUGUCGGUCUUCGCGCAGAACAACGGCGUCAUCGCCCUGACAAAAUGCGCAAACCGCACCGCCGGUUUCUGCUGCUGCUUCUUCCUAAUCAUCAUGGGGAUAUUCUCCAAAUUCGCCGCGGCCCUGGUCGCCAUUCCCUCCGCCGUGUUGGGCGGUAUGACCACCUUCCUGUUCAGCAGCGUGGCUAUCUCCGGAAUCCGAAUCAUCUCGACGAUCGAUUUCACCCGCCGCAACCGGUUCAUUCUCACCGCGACGUUCGCCCUGGGUAUGGGUAUCACGCUCGUGCCGGACUGGUGGGCGUACGUGUUCUCGUACAGUGGGGAUAACCAUUCUCUGGAGGGACUGCUGAAUGCUGUGGAUCUGGUGAUGGAGAAUGGCUUCGCGGUCUGCGCUAUUCUGGGCGUGUUCUUGAAUCUGGUUAUCCCCCAGGAACCGGAUGAGGUUCCUGCGGUGUAUAACGCGGCUGAGUCAGAGGAUGGACAGACUCAGACGAUGACUCCUACGCAGGCUUCUUCGGAGAAGAGGAAGUAG